GAAUCUGCUGCCACACAUCCACAGCAUCUCCUGAGGCAGCUUAUGGGACCCUUCCCUGGGCACCCCAGGACACACUGCAUGGGAUAGCAAUGACACGUGGAAAGAAGAGACCCAUGUCCGCCAUCCCUUGCCUCAUCCUCGCUGCCGCUAGCUGCUUUGCCAGACUGAGUGAAUCUCUGCAGGUCACAGUGCAGCCUGCCUCCAUUGUCCAAAAACUUGGGGGUCCUGUCAGCCUAGGGUGUGUGGUGGACCCCCCCAGAGUGAACCUCACUUGGAGGCUGAACGGGAGGGAGCUGGCUGGAUCGGACAAAGUGCUGGGUAUCCACAUUGAGCGGGGGAAGCUCGUCAUCGCAGCUCUCAACAACCACACUGUGGGGCGAUACCAGUGCAUUGCUCGAGUGCCUGAAGGAGUCAUUGCCAGCGUUCCUGCAGUCGUCACGUUAGCUAAUCUCAAAGAUUUCAAGUUUGAUGGCCAGCAUGUGAUUGAGGUGGAUGAAGGGAACACAGCUGUGAUCGCCUGUGACCUGCCUGAAAGUCACCCCAAGGCCCAGGUCCGCUACAGCGUGAAGCAGGAGUGGCUUGAGGCCUCCCGAGACAAUUACCUUAUCAUGCCAUCCGGGAACCUUCAGAUUGUCAAUGCCAGCCAGGAGGAUGAGGGGACUUACAAAUGUGCUGCCUACAACCCUGUGACACAGGAGGUGAAAACCUCUGUCUCCAGCGAGAGGCUCCGUGUGAGACGCUCCACAGCGGAGGCAGCCCGGAUCAUCUACCCCCCUGAAGCUCAGACCAUCAUUGUCACCAAGGGCCAGAGCCUCAUCCUGGAGUGUGUGGCCAGCGGGAUCCCCCCACCGCGAGUCACCUGGGCCAAAGACGGCUCCAGCGUCUCCGCGUACAACAAGACACGCUUCCUGCUCAGCAACCUCCUGAUCGACCCCACGAGUGAGGAGGACUCGGGCACCUACAGCUGCACGGCUGACAAUGGGGUUGGGGAGACCGGAGCUGCAUUCAUCUUCUACAAUGUGCAGGUGUUUGAACCCCCCGAGGUCACCAUGGAGCUGUCCCAGCAGAUCAUCCCCUGGGGCCAGAGCGCCAAGUUCACGUGCGAG